AUGGACAUAAAAUCUCAAGUCUCAAACUUGGUUAACACGAAAAAAUCUAAUCCAUCCGUCCAGCUUCUAGAACCCCGGUUUUUAUCAGUGGCUACCAAUAUAACAGUACGAGAAGGGUCUCUAGCAGAAUUACCGUGCUCUGUAUUAAAUCUUGGUACAAAACAGGUUACGUGGCAGAGAGUAGGUGAAGAUUUUUUCACAACAAUUGGUCGCUUAACGUGGGUGAAAAAAGACAACAUUAUGAUCGGUUACAACCAGAAAACACCUGAAAUCUCCGACUGGAAUCUAUUAAUUAAAAAUGUGAAACCGGAAGAUGCAGGGCUCUAUGAGUGUCAAAUUACCGCCACAGAAAUAAUGAAAAGAACAGUUCAGUUAAACGUUAUAGGUAUUUCUGUGAAAGGUAAAGAAUAUGUGGAACAUGGAGAUUCUAUAGUGUUAGAGUGUAAUGCAACGGGUGGACCUCAUAUACCAGAAGAUAUAGACUGGUUUAAAAACGGGGACAAAAUAGACUCCCACAAAUAUCAUAAUAUUAUAGUGACAAAAUUUCGUUCAUUAGAAAAUCGAGCGCUUAUUAGUAGGUUAAUUAUAGACAGGAGUACUAAAGAGGAUACUGGUACUUAUAUUUGUAGAAGUUCUUUAGAUGAAAUUAAUAAAAAGACAGUUACUGUGUUAGUAGCUGAUUCUUCUAAUGUUAAAAGAGAACCUGGCCGGUCGAAAUCAGGGUCAUCUCGAACACACAGACAUCCUGAACAGAGUUAG